UUUGUUCUGGAGAAGAAAGACAAACAUCUGGGAUGGCGUGAGGGUGAGUAAAUGAUGAAAGAGUUAAACAUUUAAACUAUCCCUUUAAGUGUCCUAAAAAUGUCAUUAUGCAUAUUUGGAGUUAGGCAUGUGACUGUAUUUGGUUACUGUAUAUCACGGUAAUUAACAUGCACACUAUUGUUAUCGUGGGCACUUCAAAAUACUGUAAAUAAUUCUAGAUAACCUUUUGUCCAAAUUGUUUAGAUUUUUCGGAUCGCACAGUAGUUUUUAUUCCAUCAAAGAAUCAAGGUUUACAAUACUGCGUGUGUGCGGCACAACUGACACAUGCGCACUCUGAUGUAAACAAACCAGCGUGGACUAGAAGCAUGGCUGAAGGAGGAACGCUGCCGACCCUUUAUCUGCAUUCUAAUAGGAUUAAGUCGGUAGAGUGGAAGUAUUUUGGGUUCCAUAAAAAUGCAGAAGGAUUGAUGAUUUCCCUUUGUGUGAAACAUGCAGCAGAAAAGUGGCAGCGAAACAAGGGAACACCUCCAAAAUAAUCGCUCAUUUGUGUGACAAUUAUUCUGUUCAGUUCAGCAAGAUAAAGUCUCCUCCAGGUAAAGUGGCAGAGGCUGUCAAAGCAGCCAUUGCUGCAGGGUAUAGACACAUUGAUGGGGCCUUUGUGUACCAGAAUGAAACAGAGGUCGGAGAGGGAAUUCAGGCCAUGAUUAACGAUGGUGUUGUAAAGAGAGCGGAGCUGUUUGUGGUCAGCAAGCUCUGGUGCACCUUUCACGACAAGUCUCUGGUGAAGUGUGCUUGUCUGAAGACUUUAAGUGACCUUAAGUUGGAUUACCUGGACCUUUACCUGGUUCACUGGCCAAUGGGCUUUAAGGCUGGGUCAGAGUUGUUCCCGUUGGACAGCGAAGGAUUAACCAUCAGCGAUGACACCGAUUUCUUGGACACCUGGGAGGCCAUGGAGGAGUUGGUGGAUGCUGGGUUGGUUAAGGCCAUUGGUAUCUCCAACUUUAAUCGAGAACAAAUUGAAGCAAUCCUGAAUAAACCAGGACUCAAGUACAAACCAGCUAACAAUCAGAUUGAAUGUCACCCCUACCUGACUCAGGAGAAGCUGAUUAGCUACUGUCAGUCCAAAGACAUUACAGUUACUGCAUACAGUCCUCUGGGUUCUCCAGACAGACCAUGGGCUAAACCUGAAGAUCCCUCACUACUUGAUGACCCACACAUCAGAACAGUAGCAGAGAAACACAAAAAGACCACUGCCCAGGUCCUCAUCCGCUUCCACAUUCAGAGAAAUGUGAUAGCAAUCCCAAAGUCUGUUACACCUCAGCGUAUUCAAGAGAACUUUCAAGUGUUUGAUUUUGAACUGAAUGAUGAGGAGAUUAAGACCAUUUUGGGUUUCAACAGGAACUUCAGGGUUUGUCCAAUGCAUUGGGGUGUGAAGCACAGAGACUACCCAUUUAAUGCGGAGUAUUAAAAGAUGACAUCUCAAAACAUGCUGUCUCGUGAAAAUUAAUUACUCUGUUCCUGGAAUUGUCCUGGCAGAUGAUUAAUGUGAAAAGUUGUGUUCUUGCAAAACAGUUUCUGAGAAAAUUGUAAAGCUUACAGUUCAUCAUUGUUGUGCUUUGAAUUUUUGAAAUUUAAAGCAAGUCUUGUUAUAGCAACAGCUAUACCUUUGCCAAAUGAAUGCUCUUUUUCCACCAACCUCAGAUACAGUGCAUUCACAAAGUAUUCAGACCCCUUCAUUUUUUCACAUUUGGUUAUGCUAAAAUGCUUUAAAUUAUUAAUUUUUUCCACAUCAAUCUACUCCAUACCCCAUAAUGACAAAGCAAAAAACAGAUUUUUGAUAAUUUUGCAAAUGUAUUAAAAAGAACAAACUGAAAUAACUCAUUGAAAUAAGUAUUCAGACCCUUUGCUAUGACACUUGAAAUUCAGCUCAAGUUCAUCCCAUUUCUCUGGAUUAUCUUUGAGAUGUUUCUACACUUUGAUUGGAGACCACCUGUGGCAAAUUCAAUUGAUGGACAUGAUUUGGAAAGGCAUACACCUGUCUAUAUAAGGUCUCACAGCUGAAAAUACAUAUCAGAGCAAAAACCAAGCAAUGAGGUCAAAGGAACUGCCUGCAGAGGUCAGAGACAGGAUUGUGUCGAGGCACAGAUCUGGGGAAGGCAAAAAAGUAAUAAUUUGGCUGCAUUGAAGGUUCCCAAGAGCACAGUGGCCUCCAUAAUUCUUAAAUGGAAGAAGUUUGGAACAACCAGGACUCUUCCUAGAGCUGGCCGGCCUGCCAAACUGAGCAAUCGGGGGAGAAGGGCCUUGGUAAGAGAGGUGACCAAGAACCCAAUGGUCACUCUGGUUGCGCUCCAGAGAUCAUGUGUGGAGAUGGGAGAAACAUGCAGAAGGACAACUAUCACUGCAACACUCCACAGAUCUGGGCUUUAUGGCAGAGUGGCCAGACGGAAGCCUCUCCUCAGUGCAAGACACAUAAUAGACACUCGGACUGUGAGAAACAAAAUUAUCUGGUUGAUGAAACGAAGAUUGAACUGUUUGGCCUCAAUUCCAAGCGUCAUGUCUGGAGGAAACCAGGCACCACUCUUCACCUGCGCAAUACCAUCCCAGCGUUGAAUCAUGGUGGUGGUAGCAUCAUGCUGUGGGGGUGUUUUUCAGUGGCGGGGACUGGUCAGAGUUGAAGGAAAGCUGAGAGCAGAAAAUACAGAAAUAUCCUAAGUGAAAACCUGCUCCAGAGUGCUCAGGACCUCCGACUGGGCCGAAGGUUCACCUUCCAACAGGACAAUGACUCUAAGCACACAGCUAAGACAACGCAAGAGUGGCUUAGGGACAACUCUGUGAAUGUCCUUGAAUGGCCCAGCCAGAGCCCGGACUUGAACCCAAUCGAACAUCUCUGGAGAGACCUGAAAAUGUCUGUCCACCGACGGUCCCCAUCCAACCUGACAGAGCUUGUGAGGAUCUGCAGAGAAAGUGCUUCAACUAAGUACUGAGUUAAGGGUCUGAACUUUUGUCAAUGUGAUAUUUCAGUUUUUACUUUUUAAUAAAUUUGUAGAGUUAUCAAAAAUCAGUUUUUUUUUUCUUUGUUAUGGGGUAUGGACUGGCAUGUAGAAUUAAGAUUGAAAAAAAAUAAAUGAUUUUUUUUAGCAUAAGGCUGCAACAUGACAAAAUGCUGAAUGCACAAUAUGGAAGUCUUAUUUGUUAGUAUUAAUAAAAAUGGAUAGCUGUUGCAGUUACACAAUUUGGUGUACACAUGGAAACCUUAAAUGUCUUGCACCUGAAAAACAAAAACAAUUCCUCAUUUUGCCCAGUUGGUCAAAUAACAUGAAAAGGUACAUGCUUUAUCAAGUUAUGAAUUUGUUUAGAGAAUAUAAUUUUAAUAUUUGUUGACACAGUCCUUAUUUUAAUAAUGAUAUAAAAGCACUUCCAGUUUAUUUGUAAGAGCAGCUAUUGUUUAGAGUAUUGUCUGAUGUAACUGAAAUAAACUCCUCUGCCUCAAACAGCUUUCUGCUUUGUCUUCAACUUAUUUGAAAUUUACUCAACAUUUAUACAAGUUUUUACCCUACAAUGGCUCAGUUGAAUAAAUGCAGAUAAUGUGGUUUAUCAGUUAUCACUCUCUUGCCAUAUCUGCCUUCAUAGACAGAUAGAUGGUUGACCCUCAAGGGGAAAUUCAGGAGUUGUUGUAAUCACACUGCAGUUGGGAUGUA